GCGAGCAAGACGUGCAAUUACCGCAUUUAAACGGUAGCGCUAAAAAAUAGUGAAUAAAAGACGGACGCCAUAACACACGGAUAACUAAAAAGUGAAAUUACUUACGUAAUAUUAUUUAUAACUUGCAUUUUGCCAAUAUGAAAUUGAUGCUAGUCUUGAGUUUUUUGUGCCUACUUGCCGGUAGUUUGGCUGCACCACAAGCUCCUGUCGAAAUUUUAGAACAAGAGGUGGAUAAUAUUGGCAUUAACGGUUAUAAAUUCAGCUAUAAACUGAGUGACGGCACAACACGUACCGAGGAGGCUGUUCUCAAUAAUGCAGGCACCGAAAAUGAAUCACUAUCUGUGCGCGGUAGCGUUUCUUGGGUAGCGCCCGAUGGACAAACUUACACUAUUAAUUUUGUGGCCGAUGAGAACGGCUUCCAGCCAGAAGGUGCACACAUACCGAAAUAAGGAAAUGUGUAGAGCCACUAAUUGAAGCGAAAGGAUAAAAACCAAUUUAGUAAAAAAAUUGCUUAGGUACAUCGAAGACAAUAGGAAAACAAAAAAACAAAAACAGGAAGUUGUAGAUGACGAUAUGUGUGUGUGAAAAACUAUUAAAUAAAUAAAUACAAAAAUUGUUACGGUCUCAGUCAGUGUCAAAA